GUCAGAAUCCGUAAACACCAUUUUGAAAGGUUAGCAACUUGGAGGAAGUAUCGAAUACUCCUCAACUUUCUCAAACAUGCUUCUGCUGCGAAUUUAGUGUUUCUUUCAUAGUGUUUUUUAAGUUUAUUUGCUUUUUCUUCAGAAUCUGUCUCCGCGUUCAAAUCACGAAAUUUAACAGAUUUAUUCAAAUUUACCCACUUUCAAUCCGAUUUUCUCAAAGAUAUUUUGAAAUCAACUUUGCUUAGUAAUAUUAAUAACCAAAUAUCUUAUAUAAUGUCGGAGCCAGGAAUUUUACAUCCUCCUCAAAUAUCGGAAGACAUGUUGACUGAUCAAGAAGCAAAUGAUUUACUAGACAAUGGAAUACUGGUGGAAACUAAUGGAAGUGUCAUUUGCAUGUCGCUCAAUGAGGCAUUAUCCUCGGACAUGAACUUGUCUUCGGAAAGUCUCCGAAAAGUUGCUACCCAGCUAAUAAUCCAGCAAAAUACCGGAACUAAAAAACCGGCUAUAAGAAUGACUUGCGACAGCGAUGGGGGAUUUUCAAGCGAAUGUAGUGACAGCACUUAUACAACCACUGGUUCCAGCACCGGUUUCCCUUCGUUUGCCAAAUUUUCCUCAUUCUCCAAUGAACUUCAUUUAAACAGCAUGCUAAGACCCAAAGAUAGAGACAAAUCUAGUGAAGAAUCAGACUCAACGAGGGGAAGUCUACACAUCUUAAAUAGUGAUGGUUGCCCCUCGCCCCAGCAAGUAGUGAUUAAGAAGAAAGGAAGAGGUGGUUGGCCAAAGGGGCGAAAGCGCAAGCCGGAAUUGUUAAAUCUACCUCCAAAGGCUCCCUUAACUGGAUACAACCUGUACACAAAUGAGCAAAGAAGUUUUUUUAAGGACAGCUCUUUAAAGUUCUACGAAAUAACGAAAAUUGUAGGGAACAGAUGGUCGAGUUUAACGCUGGAAGAAAAGAAACCCUAUUUAGAUAGAGCGGAGGAGGAAAAGAGACAGUACAAAGAAGCAGUGAAGCAAUAUAGGCAGUCGGAAGCAUACCGAGCAUACCUGAACAAGAAGAGAAGAAAGCGGUUGCAAAACAAUGUUCUCUCAGAGAGCGAUAUGGAUGCAACCGAUGAUUUCGAUGAAGAAGAUAAUGAGGAACUGUACUGCCGCACCUGCGACCAAUGGUUUCACAGCUUGCACAAUAAAAGAGAACAUCUACAAGCUAAGAAGCAUUUAACGUCGUUAGCUGGGGAUAUAUAUCGCGAAUUGUCAGAUAUAGAGUCUUCAACUGGCCAAGCUGAGACUAGCACGGUGAGUAUGGAUGAAUCGAGCCUUGAAGGAUUGAGUUUUACUGCAAAUACAGCUAAUAUUGAAUCAGACUGUUCCAAUUCAACCAAUGUUUCAAUAUAUGAAGCGAUGAGCAAAGUGACGUCUUUAGUACAAAAAAGGGAAACAGAGAUACGUGCAUUGACACUUCAACAGCAGGAGGCGAUACAAGAGCAAACCGCACUGUAUCGGCAGUUCAAUCAAUUGAACGAACGAGAAUCGGUUUUGCAAAAAGAGUUGGCCCAAAAACGCGAUAAGGAAAAGGAGCUUGAAUCGAUUGUGUUUCAGUUGUGGCAGGUGCCCAGCUUGUUUGUUAUGGCCAAAUUUGAUACACCCGAUCAAACAUCGACGGAUUUUUCCGAAGGAUUUAGCUAAAAAUGGUGGAAGUGUUUGAAUUUGUUUAUUAAUUUCGUCUAAUUUAUUAGUUACUGUGGAUUAAGCGACUGAGAGAAGUUAAAAACUUGAAAGUGUACAUGCUUGAACCGAACAUAAUAACGGAUUUAAGAAAACAGGGUUUUGCUUUGGGUUAGGGACUAAAGGUAUGAAAAGAAUAUUUCCUUCUGCAAUUUUGAUAAAUUUCCUUAAUAAAGUUUGGUAUUUAAGUCAAGUAAAGUAGUGCUAGAAACACUACCUCUUGAUAAAAAUAAAUGGUUAAUAUUACCGACUUCAUAUUAUACUCAGCAGAUUAAUAUUGAGCUAUUUUUAGUAAUAAUUUCGACUGAAUAUUGAUAUUUUAUUUUGAAAAAGACAUAAUAAAUUAUGCUUAGUCAUUUUUUACUGUUAGAUCAAUCGACAUAGUUUUUUCCUGUUUUUUUUUCGAAGAGUAUUUACUGUAAGUUAAAGAACUACUGGCAAACAGGUUUCAGAUUGCAGUAAGCUUUGAUAAUUAAUUAUGAUAAUUAAAAAAAAUUAGUAAAUUAACCGCUUGCAAACACAGGGUAAUUAUUGCUUAGGGGAGUGCCUAUGCUUGAACAGUAAUUGUUUCACAUAGAAUUGGAACUGAAUAUUUCAACGGCGUUUGUCGACAAAGUGGCGAAUUGGGAGAAACUGAGUUUGCGAUCGUCUCAAAAACAAGUGCAAAUUGAUAUCGUUAAAGUUGAAUUAUUAAGUUAUGUUCGCAUAUUAUUAUGUACACAUCAUGAUAGGUACGAUUUGAAUUGGACAAGUUUGAUACAGUUUUGUCAAACUGGGUUUAACAACUUUUGAAGACCUUCGUUUUAUAGUCCACAAUAAAAGGUGACUAGAAAAACAAACACACAUUCAAAUGGCUAAAGUUGACUUUUGUUGUUUUAUUCACAUAUGAUAUAUGCAUAAAUAUUAGGUAAGAUUCGAUGUAGGCUUCUUUCAUGGUUGAUAACAAAUGUGACUGGAUGAACUUAGUCUCAUCUAUCGUUUGAUUUUUUUCAAUGAAGUUGUGAGGACGUUGCGCUAAAUACGUCUCAAUUAAACAAAUGUUUUUCAUGUUUGAUGGAGAUAAAGUUGCUUCGAAAAUAUUUGUAAUCUACAUUUAUCGGUGUUUAUCCAGUUUUCAAGUAAUUUCAUGCAAACUAAAUCUUAACCACUUGAACGAAUCUCAAUUAACACUGUUACAUUUGUAAAUCUAAAUGUACAUAUAAUAUGUAUACAUUAUUUACAAGGAUCCUGGACGGGCCAUUUUUUUCCUAAUUAUAUACAUGUUAGUUUCGAUUACUAACUUACUAAACUUGAGCAACAAGGGCAUUGUUAUUGCACUUUUUAUACAUAAUUGUUUACAUACAUUUUGACGAAUUAAUUUAAAAUCUAAACAGCUUAGUUGUAAGGUAAGUGAUACUAGAGGAUACUAGUUUUAGUUGUUAUUAGAUUAAAACUAAUCGGAUUGAUUUGUUUUGUAGUGAAACGCAUAUUUUUAUUAAAAAUUAAAUAAACAUUGUAGAAAAA